AUGCCACCAAAGAAGAAAAAAGUCGGGUUUGAACCAUCAAAAGAAUUUGACACUAUAGAUCCAGAUAUUGAAGAUGAGAUUAUAGAAGCAUACACCGAUUAUUUGGGUGAAGAAUCUACUGAUUUAUUGCUAAGUGAUUUACCAACACUACUUGAAAAUUUAAAAAUACCAUCAAUAUUCACACAAGAUAUUACAACAGCGAUUGAGUACUUUUAUCAAUUUCUAAAUGGUAAAAAUGUUCAAAUAAAUUCAUUAAAUUCCAAACAAAAUAUAACAAUAAGUUUACUAAAAUCAUACACAAUCACUUCAUCAUCAAUAACAUCAUCUAACGAACUACUAGAUAUGAUAGAUCUAGAUAAACUCAUUAUAAAUUUAAACAAAUUAAUCAAGUUUAGAAAUAACGAAUCACAUAUCAGAGCAAGCUGGAAAUUAUUCUCAGAUUCAUUCAAUAAAAACCCAGAUAAGUUCGUUCUCACAUUACCAGAACUAAAACAAGUAAAGACAAAUUUAAACCUAGAUAAUGAUCCACAAACUAAAGCACCUCUCAAUGAUUUAUUCUUGAUAGAUAUGUUAGGAUGUUGUCAAGAGGAUCCUCGUGGAAAUUUAAUAAAUUUUUCAUUUGAAAAAAGAGGAGCUAGUGUUACAAUAAAAGAUUUUGCUGAAAUUCUAGGUAGGAUAGGAGAAUAUGAUAAAACUGAUUGA